UUGUUUUCCGUCUCUCGAUGAGUAGGAAGAUGAAGGAUGCUCUUGAAAUGAUUGAUGAACUGGUCAUGGAGAUGAACAAUUUUCACUUCCUACAACAUGCCGAGGUACCAAGCAUCAAUCAUCCGCAAACAUACUCUCAUAUUGAUGAAUCCAAGAUUGUAGGCAGGCAAGAUGAGAAGGAACGAGUGGUGAAGAUAUUGCUUGAGCACUCCGACAAUAGUAGUGAUGAUGCUGAUAAUAAUGUCUUGGUGCUCCCCAUAGUUGGUAUGGGGGGGAUUGGUAAGACUACCCUUGCCCAACUUGUGUACAAUGAUCAGAGGGUGAAGCAUCAUUUUGAGUUGGUCUUAUGGGUCUGUGUCUCUGACAAGUUUGUUAUCGAAGAAAUAAUCAGAUCUAUAAUAGAAGUGGCCAUGAUGAAGAAGUGUGAUUUCACUCAGAUGGAGGCACUGUGAAAGGAACUUUGUGAAGUUUUGGGCAAUAAAAGGUACCUCCUAGUAUUGGAUGGUGUUUGGAGUGAAGAUGGACAAAAGUGGGAGGCCAUGAGAUCAUUGCUAAACUCACAUGCUGGCUUAGGUAGUUCUAUAAUUGUGACAAGCCGAAGCGAUCAAGUUGCUUCUAUCAUGGGCACACUUCCUCCACGUAAAAUAUCACUCCUAAAUGAGGAUCAAUCAUGGGAGCUUUUUCACAGAAACACAUUUGGAAGGGGAGUGGAAAAGCAAGAGGAAUUGAUUUCAAUGGCUAAGAGUAUUGUCGACAAGUGUAAGGGAUUGCCUCUUGCUAUCAAAACCAUGGCAACUUUACUUCAUUCCAAGCAUCACAAUCAGUGGUUUUCUGUUCUGGAAAGUGAUGUCUGGAUGAAUGAUGUACUAGCAACCGGGAUUAUACCUGCACUACAAUUGAGCUAUGAUCACUUGUCAUCGGAAGCAAAAAUAUGCUUUUCCUUUUGUGCCAUUUUCCCCAAAGAUAGCAUGAUGAAUAAGGACACGUUAAUCCAGCUAUGGAUGGCAAAUGACUUUAUUGCAUCAGAAGCAAGAGGCCAACAAAUUUUUGAUGUGCUAGUUUGGAGAUGUUUCCUACAAGAUAUGCAAGUUCAAAACAAUAGAUUCAUCCACCAACCAACUACUUGCAAGAUGCAUGAUCUCAUGCAUGAUCUUGCUGACUCCGUAAGCGGAAAUGAUUGCUCAGUUCUGCAAAAACCUUCAUCAUGUCAAGACAAUCUGCAAGGAUCCACAGAUGCUCGUACAUUACAACAUGAGGUUCGGCAUUUGUCAGUUGAAUAUGUUGAUAAUUAUACCAUUGCAGCCAUGAAAGAAAUUCUAGAUAACCGACCCCGCACACUUUUAAUUGGAAUGAGGUUUAAGCAUCGUCAGGAUUUAACCAACCUUAUGCUUAUGGCGAAGUCAAAAUUCAUAUCUUUACGAGCACUGGAGAUAGACCCAUUCAAGGCACACAUGACAAAUCUGAAGCAUCUUCGUUACCUAGAUUGUUCUUAUUCUAGUAUAUUUGCAUUGCCUGAAGCUGUUACCAUGUUGUAUAGCUUGCAAACGUUGAAGGUCAGUUACUGUAAAUAUCUUGAGAAAUUACCAGAAGGGAUGAGAUAUAUGAGUAGUCUUCGACACAUCUUCCUCAUUCAAUGUGAUAGUCUGAAGUGCAUGCCACAAGGUAUUGGUCAGCUGAAUUUUCUAGUGACAUUAACAAAUUAUGUCAUUGGUAGUGAUGCAGAUCGCGGAAUUGAUCAAUUGAGAGAUCUGAAUCUGGGUGGUGCUCUUUCUUUGACUGAUCUGAGAAAAGUGCAUAGUGCAGAAAAUUCUAAACAAGGCAAUAUGUCUUCCAAGCAUAAUUUGAAACGAUUGUCACUCGACUGGUAUGGACCUUCUAGCAUAAAUGUUGGAUAUGAAGUAGAUACUAAUGCAGAAGGAAUAUUAGAGGCCCUUCGUCCUCACAAAAGGCUUGAAGUUUUAAUGUUGUCCAAUUAUACUGGUGCUAAAUUAUCAUCAUGGAUGAACAACUCUACACUGCUAGAACAUCUCACUGAACUUUCUCUGACUGGAUGCAAGAAUUGCAAGGAUCUUCCACCAUUAUGGCAGCUGCCCUCCCUCGUGAGCUUGUGUUUGAAUUAUUUUGAUAGCUUGGCAAGUAUAUGCAUUGUUAAUCAUGAUACACACAAUGGGGAAUCAUGUAUUUCUCCACCACCUAUUUUUGGUAAAUUGGAAACUAUGGUAGUUUCAAACAUGCCUAAGCUAGAGAGAUGGCACCAAGAGAUGGCAGGACAAGAACCGGAUGUAUCAUUCCCUCGUCUCAAGAAGCUAAAUAUUUCUAAAUGCCCAAUGCUAGCAAGCAUGCCCAAGGUGCUCCCUUUGCUUGAAGAUCUAGUGGCAAGAGACAUUCCCCUUUACCAUCUGAUGAAUCUGUCUGUGCAGUCUAAUCUUGAGUGCAAAGGUUCCAUUGAAGUGGAACCUGCGGUUGGUCAGUUGAUUGUUGAUGACCUUCAUUUUGACCUUCAUUUCUCGAUGUCUAUUGAUUCUUAUGUGUUCCUGAGACUGAGAGGUUUGACGGACAAUGUAGAGCGCUUUCAAGGGGAGUUGAACAAAGUCCCUUCCAGAUUUAUGAAGAACCUGACUAUAAUAGAUUGUGAUGGCCUUUUCUCAUCUGAACCAUGCCAAAUGCAACGAGAUAUAUGGAACCAUUUUGGUUUUGUUGAAGGAAUGUUGGUUUCAUGCAUCAAUAAUAUAGUACAAUGGCCAGCGGCAAAAUUGGGAAACUUGAAUCAUCUUCGAGAUCUACAUUUUUCUGGUUGCUCCAACUUAACUGGUUCACUUACAUCAACAAUAUCUGAUAGGGAAAACAUCCUGCUUCCUCCACUCCAGAGUCUUACAAUUACGGAUUGUGAGAAAUUGUGGGAGGUUCCAAAGUUGCCUCCAUCUCUUGAAAUUUUGUCGAUCUCUUUUUGUCCCAACCUCGUGUCCAUGGCAACAAUUCGGAAUGUCGACAAAUUGAAAGCAUUGAGUGUGCUUGAGUGUGAAGCCCUGGCGACAUUUCCAGAUGGAGAUUAUGGAGUCACUAAACUCGGGACGUUGGAAAUGCAGCGGUGCCCAAGGUUAGAGACACUACCAGAGGGACUCCUGCAGCAGCUCCCAGCCCUCAAGAUGCUAUGGAUCAGAGACUGCCCCAACUUGGAAGAGGAAUUCUCAAGAGGAGGCGCUUACUGGAAUUUUGUUGAAGCAAUUCCAUACAGAUAUGUUGGCGUUCAAGAUCAGUCCAUGGACCCAAGCGCUAAAUGCUUCACUUGCCUUUGAUUGGGAUGACUAUGUCAGUGAUUGUAGGAUUAUUUAUGCGUUCCGGGGGUGAUCCUCCUUCUCAGAAAAAAAAAAGGAUUGAUGUAUUUGUUCAGUCCGUUAAUUACGUAUGUACAUGUCAAAACUCAAAAGCACUUUUGUCUAUGUAAAUAUUUUUUUCAUUCAUGUUUUUUCAGGUACCCUCUACAACUUGUUAUUAGUU